AGCAGGUUGUGGGUUUUUUUGUUUAAGGUUGCCUUACUUAGUGCUAGUUGAUGAAGCAAGUUGAUAAGGAAGCGCUCCAGGUCUUAUCCGAAGGCCCUCAGUAGUUCAGACUCUCAAAAGAAUAAACUAAGAAGGCGAGCUGCUCGCCUUCUUAUAUAUUUUAUUCUUUUGUUCGGAACAGAUCUCGAGUCUUUGUCUUAGCCGUUCCUUAGGUGUGCUUGUGAUAAGUAGGCCGAAGCUGUUGCUUAAAGGUAGCGCUUGAGUAAGUUUGUUGUCACUUCUUUCCUCAGUUCCGUGCCGCUGUUCGUUUAGUCAAAACCUGCGUGAGUGAGCAUCGUGACGAAAGCGAGACACUCUGACGCCGCGCGGCAGUCUGCACUGAAACCUGUGCGAGAUCAUUAGUUGUAUUAUAUUGCACGAGAAAUAAAUAGGUCCAGCAUGAUGAUGGAUCUUCACCGACACAGACACAGUUCCUCGACCCUGUAAUUUUUUAAUCCCACGAUGUCGGAUCAGAAACGAGAUCAACAUGACGAGAUGGUCGAUACAAAACAUAGAGAGACGCGCACGCGCAAGCACUCUAGAAUAGAAAUCUCCCCAACUCCACGUCGAAAAUCAUGAUCCCACCCAAAACCAGAAAAGGGUCGAACGAGCUGUGGGUCAAUUCUGGGUGAUCCCCAAAUGAAAAAUAGCUUUGCUGUAAAAACUUGGAAUCGAUUUUUUCUACGUCGAAAUCGCUAAUAGAGGAGGUGCUGGCUGCACAAGAUUAUUAAAAAAGCAAAGAUUUGCAGGAGUAAAUAAAUAGGUCUAUAUAUGAUACGUUGCAGCAUUGUCGUCUGGAGAACAAGCUGUAAAAAUAUUUCAUUGUGAAGAUAAUUCAGUUAUUGCUACCGGUCCUUCAUUUCGCUUUCUUUGUUCUUGUGCCUUUACGAGAUCUCCAAAAGAAAAUAAUAACAUCAUGGUGACCAUCAUGGACUCGUUCGAUUUCGCCUUGCGGCGGAUGCAGGCUCAAGUGGUCGGCGACGGGGUGGAUAUCAACAUGACUGAAUUACCGUAUUCGGCUUCGCCGUUUCCGACCUCAUCGUCGAGUAGUGGCUUGCAAGUAGCCGUUUAUUUCCGAGGUGACCGUAAAGCUGCGGGAAAAGCAAGUGGAAAAGCAUCGUUUGGUACUUCACUAAGUACAACUUAGAAGAUUCUUUAUUCUCUGAUGAUCAUGUUGAUGUAGUUGACCACGUAAUCCUAAUCCUCAGAGGGUGAGUAAUCUUUGAAUCUUCUAUUCGUCCAUUCAUCAAGUGGACGACGCAAAUCGUGUAACCGAUUUCCCGGCACCUCUCGCUUUCUCUACUCCUCAACAGACAAUUCCGCCACUUGCCCACGUCGCUGUUUGCUUUGCGAAGCAGGAGAAGCCGAGCUUUUUGCCACAGGUGCGCUCAAGUCCUUGCUCAACGAAGCCUCUCUUUACCUCUACACAACCCCUGUCUCUGUCCUCGCUGCUUCCGGUCUAUUGCGGGACCUGUUCUUGGGCCUCCGUCCAGAUGGAAAAUUGCGGAUAGAGACGAGUGGCGACGCAUCAAGAGAAGAGCUGUGGAGCUUAGAGACUGAGGCUUUGUUUGCUGGGUUUGUGACAGAGUCGUGGGCUAACGUAACAAGACAUACUGGCGAGGGCGUCACGCAUCUCACACUCCGUAGACCAAAUGAAGUCGCAGCGAAGCCUUUGAAAGACUGCUUUAGUGGAACGUCAACUAAACAAGCGACAAGUAGCACGUCAUCAGGCCCAGCAGGGCAAGCAGCGUCUUCAUCUUCUUCAUCUGCAGCGGCACCAGAAACUUCAACGACUACUGCUGUAGGACAAGCGACUUUCAACAAGACCUUCAUCUGCAAAAGAACGCCAAAUUUAGAGGAGCUUUUGCGAUGGAGAGGCUCAGAGGUACGAAAGUUUUUACGACAACAAGCAAAGAAGGAAAAGAAAGUCUGCGCACCACCAAAGACAGGAGAUACGAAGAAAGCCUGCAAAAAUUGCUCCUGUGGACGAGCAGAUCUAGAGAAAAAACACGGAACAGAAAAAGCAAAUGAAAUGCUUAAGAGUGGACAGGUAAAACGACAUGAUGCAUGUAUUCGAAAACUCAAAAUAACUGAGUUGUUGAAUGAAAUAAGGGAGGUAGCUUAACAUCAAGGCUGCUCUUCCUUCUCAUCAGUAUCUCGGUUAUUCUCGUCUGUUACUCGUCGCUUAUUUCAGUUUUUCGAAUGCUUGUUGAUGACUGUGAUAUUAAUAUAUAAUUGUGAUCAUCAUUGAUUGUCCACCCUUGUUUCAAAUUAUCAGAACACUCUUCUUCCUCAAAUCUUUUUCGUUCUACCUCGGCGUAUUGACUCACACCCUUUCAUCCACCAAAACUCAAAAAAAAGGUCGAGUCCAAGUGCGGUAACUGUUACCUUGGUGACGAUUAUCGGUGUGAGGGAUGUCCCUUCCGCGGCAUGCCUGCCUUUGAUCAGGGAGACAAGCUCACUUUGAAGGAUACUUCGCAGAAGGAAACUGACCUCUUAAUGAAAGCGACUACAGCACAAGUUGAUGGAGCCAUCAACUUCGGAGCUACUGAUUUGUGACCAAGUAACUUGUUACAAGUUGAAGCUUCAUCAUAAUUCGAAGGAACAAGAAAUCGUCGAUAACGAUGAGUUCUUCUUCCUGUGGGACUCGUUUUGAUAAUUGUGGGAGCAUCCUGUUUAUUGGCGGGAUGUUCUUGCUAUAUUAUUAAUAUACCUCUCAUCUUCCACCCACCACUCGUCCCGAAUUUUUUUACCUUGCACUCGUCCCGAAUUAUUUCACCUUGUUCUUGUCUACUCUCCACUAAUAAAUGGCCACUUCUUAUUGUUCUUGAACAUGAACAUGAGGAUGAGCUUGAAAAGACAUGACAUCACAUAACGUUUAAUGACCAGUGAUUGACAUCCGGCUCCACGACGGAAAUUAUUCCGAAAGGAGAAAUAGAAAGCUGCAUCUUCUCUCUAUAUGGACC